AUGCAGAAGGCCCCGACCACCCGCCUCGUUCCCCCCUUACCUGCUCCGCGCCCGCCGCCCCGGCGACCCCCCCGCUGCAUCCCCGCCGCCGCCGCCGCCGCCGCCGCACUAGGCUCGGCCCGCUGCCGCCCCGCCCCGGGAGCGCAGUGCGGGCGGGGACCGCACAGCCCCAUCUCGCCGCGGGCGGCCCCCGGGGUGCCGGUGCUCGGCCUCCAUCCCAGCGCUUCCAUUUUCCUCCCUGCGGGACGCAGCGCUCAUUUCGGCCGCCCCCGACCCCGCCGCGCUGCUCCAUCUGCUCCCCGUCUGCUGCCGGCCCCGCGCCAGCGCCGAGCCCCGACGCGGCUCAUCGCACCGCUCGGCGGCCGCGCUCGGUGCGGUGCUCGCCGCGCGGGAGGGACUCAGCACGGGCACGGGGCGGGGGGGGAGCAGAGCUCCGGGCAGCGCGGCUGGGAGCCGGGCACGGAGCGAAGUGAUCCGCGGAAGCGGCCCAAACGAUGCGGGACCCCUCCUGGCGCCGGGGACGCGCCCCGCGGCCGCCGCACAGGGACGAAAUCCGGAGCGUGUCGCGCGGGUCGGGGCCGAGCCACCCCCGAGGACCGCCCCGCGGGUUCGGGACUGCCCGUGGCAGCGAGAGCAGCGCCGCACGGCCGCGGGACGGGUGCGGGCAGCGCUCGGGGCGGAGGCGGCGAUGGGAAGCGGCGGAGCCGUGAGCGCGGCCCGGGGCCGCAGCUGCCGUCACCGCGAUCGUGCGGCGGAGUGACGGCACGGGGACGCGGGGCACAACGGCUCCGGCGGGGGGGCGGGGGGGGCACGGCUCAGAAGCUCUCGGGUCGGCUUCGUGCGGGGCGCCCGGCGGUGCUGCGGGGUCUGUGCUGCAGCCGCAGCCCCGCUGGGUUCACCCCCGCACUGCUGCCUUUAUUUCGCGACAUCCGUUCCCCGACGCCCGAGGCCGUGGCGCUGCCGGCUCAGCUCCGCCGCCGGGUGCUCUGCGCAGUGGGACCAAAGAGAAAACCAUCGCUCCGGGACUGCGUUCCGCUCCUGCUGCUCCUCCGCACCUUUCAGGGCCCGUGUUUCUCCGGAGGUCUCUCCGAGCCGCACGCGUCACCCCGGGAUGCUCCAGGAGCAGCGAUUCCGGCACACGUCCGCACAGACAACAGCACCGGGCCGAACCCGGGGCGCUGUCCUGGCCUCCUCCACGCCGCUCCAUCCCCGGGCAUCAGCGGGAGGCCCCGCAGCGCCGGGCCGAGGUGUGGCUGUGGGUGCACCGCUGGGGUCGCUGCUCCGCGCUCGGCAGCCGCCCUGGGAAGGGCUGAGCGCAGCUCUGGGCACCCACUGUGCCCGGCACACAUCUGCAGCCUGCGGUGCGGGGGGGCGGCUUUGGAGGCAAAACCGCAAGUUAAAAAGGCUCAGCCACGUGUCCCGGUGUCUUUAAGCAGCGGACGAAGCCAACUCCGGAUUAAUUACAUUAUACCACGAUGGAGGCCGUUGCUAGGUUACAGCAACCGGUCCCUAAGCUCAGCCUACUGCGGGGUUUCCCCAGAACCGGGCAUCUUUGAGCUCGGGGCAGCGCAGAAGGUUGGGUGAGCAGCAGGGCUGGUGAGGCACAGUGCCCCACUGCAGGCAGCACCUGAGUUUCAGUAACCAUUUCAACGCUCACUGCUGGGGGGAAGGAAGCAAAUUCCCACCCCAGGCCUUGGCAAGCCAAAGGAAAAUGUUAUGACCUUACAGGAACAAGAGAAAUAGGGUGAAACGGAGUGCCCUGAAGUGCAGCAUCACCGCACUCCUCACAACUGGCCCUUUUCAUAACUCCUGGGGAAUGACAAAGAGCCACCUGCCAGCUGCGAGCCCACAGCCAGGUACAGCUGUGAACAAGGCGAGCACCAGCCCAGGAUGCUGCAGGAGAUGCACGACAUGGGAAGCAUGAAGUACGAGCCCUGGCACGACCUCAUCUGGUCUGGCACAGCCUCAGAAAGAUGAACUCAAAGCAGAAGCGGUGCCAAGGCCGGCUGCUAGCACAGCAAGGACAGCUCACAGAGCACUGCCACGCAGGGCUGGGGCAGCAGCACCCGAACAGCAGCGCUGGCAAAGGAAAAAAUAAGCAUAAACUGGCCAAGAAUAAAAGUGGACAGCAAUUAUCAGACAGCUCCUCAGUCCGGAGGCAGAAGUAGAGUUUCCUGCAAGGCUGGUGGUAGCAGAGCUGGUCUGCAGGCACGGGAACUGCCAGCACCAGUCCGUCUGUCCUUGUGCUAUUUUUCUACCUGGUAUUUUGGCAAGGAGAUGGAGCGAGGCACAGGUCAGGUACUGAGCCAGUCCUUCAGCUCAGCAGCAGCACCGAGCAGCUUGGUUCUCUUGCAGGGAUGAGUUGUGUGACAGCCACCAACAGAUUAACACCAGCGAGAGCUUUAGCAAGCAGGGCUGGCCACCUGUGCUAAGAGUCGGGCCAUCAGAAGGACAAUGCAGGCACGCUGCCUUUGCCCAGCACUCUGCAGGGUUCGGUGUACGCACAGGGAGCAGUCACACUCGAGGCCACGCGGCUGCAGGUGAGCUGUGGGCUGCAGCCAGCACUGGCCGCGGUGGUGCCGGCACACAGGGCAGGCUGCAAAGCCCAGACAGACUGACACACGUCUGCCUGUUCUCAGAGUACGACUUCACUUUGGUCCCAUCACAACAGCUGCAUUAAAUCACGCACAGGGGCUGCCAAUAGCAACAGGAGCUGCUGACCGUCCCGCUGUGCCUUCCCACCCCAGGGAGGAGGGUGGCAACAAAUGCUCCCCACAGUAAAUGCAGGGCACGCAGCUCCCACCCACACCUCAGAUCAGCAGCUAUACCAGCUGCCCCCCAUGCUUGGGAAGCUGGCCCUGUGCAGCAGCAGGCCACAGAUACAGCGAUGGAUUUGCACUUCUCCCUCCUCUCAAUACCAACCGAGACACUGUAUGACAUGCAGCUCCAGCCAGCAUUAAACUGCAAGCGCAGCUCUUCA